CAUAAUAUAAUACCCAUACAAAACUGAUGAGCCUUGAAUAGGGAAAGCAAGCCGCGAGGCCAAUUUGGUAAAAAGAAUAACUUUGAACUCGGAAGAUAGAGAGAUUUUGAGAAAUCUAAUCAGGAUAUCAAUGGAAAUAAGAUUUGAUGAUGAGGAAGAAAAGAGAGAUAAUUGUUGUUUAGUCAAGUGGGCUGACGACCACGACUUCUUCUCUAUUUCCCACAAAUUGCAGGAACAUUCCUGAAAAGUACUUCGUUCCGAAGGUAAACGCGUCAAAAAUGAUUGAGGUUAAAAUGCCGAGUUUCUUCUACUUCUUUCAUCCUACUUGGAAAAACCUGAUUGUAGCACAGAGCUUGGCGAUAUCUUUAAAUUCUGUUGGGCGUUUCUCCACAAGGUGUAUACCAUAUAUAGUCCAAGAACAAAGGGGCAUUCCACUGAAUUUAAGCUUUGGGAUUGAAAACCAUGACGAAAAUCCUCGAUCCACAUGGUUCAUUUCUUAAAAAGUGGAACAAGUUUUUUCUAUUGUCCCACGUGGUUGCAGUUUACUUGGAUCCCAUAUUCUUCUAUGUUCCGGUGAUUGACAGGAACAAGAGUUGCAUUGGUUUGGAUAAGAAGCUUCUGAUUGCCGUUAUUUUUAUGCGUUCCUUCACUGAUGUUAUUUAUGUACUUCACAUUAUCUUUCAAUUCCGAACUGGUUUCGUUGCUGCCUCUUCUCGAGUGUUUGUAAAGGGUCAUUUAGUAAAUGAUCCUGUUGCAAUAGCACGGAGAUACUUGUCUUCAUACUUCUUUGUUGAUUUCCUUGCAGCUCUUCCACUUCCACAGGUGGUAAUUCUGAUUGUCAUCCCCAACUUGCAAGGCUCAGCGUCAUUGGAUACGAAGAACUUGCUGUUGUACGCUGUAUUAUUCCAGUUCUUUCCAAGGGUGUUUCGAAUUUAUCCACUGUAUAAAGAAGUCACAAGAACUUGUGGCAUAAUCACUGAAAGGGCGUGGAUUGGAGCUGCUUUUAAUUUCUUUCUUUACAUACUUUUCAGUCACAUGUUUGGCGCCUCUUGGUAUGUGCUGUCUAUACAACGCGAAGAUAGGUGUUGGCGUAAUGCCUGUGGCACUGAGGCAGCAUGCGAUCCUUCUUCUUUAUACUGUGGAAAUAAUAAUUCAGUAGGAAGUAAAACAGUUCUAAAUGCUUCUUGUCCACAUACUGAAUCGGAUGCAACUCCAUUUGAUUUUGGAAUAUACCUUACUGCUCUUAAGUCUGGUGUGGUUGAGUCAACAGAUUUUCACCAGAAGCUUUGUUUCUGCAUGUGGUGGGGCCUGAGAAAUCUGAGUUCUUUGGGUCAAAACUUGGAAACAAGUACUUUUGUUGGGGAGAUCUACUUUGCAGCUUCUAUUUCUAUCUUGGGCUUGGUCUUCUUUGCUCUUCUCAUUGGUAACAUGCAGGCAUAUCUACAAUCUUAUACAAUUGGAUCAGAAGAGAUGAUGAGAGCAAAACGUCGAGAUGCAGAGAGUUGGGACGUAGAACAGUGGAUGUCUGACAGAUUAUUUCCAGAGGUGAUAAGGGAACGGAUCAGGCGGUAUGAACAAUACAAAUGGAAACAAACAAGAGGGAUCAAUGAGCAAAAUAUCAUACAUAGACUUCCGAAGGACCUCAGAAGGGACAUUAAGCGUCAUCUUUGCUUAAGUCUACUCAUAAGAGUGCCAAUUUUUGAAAAGAUGGAUGAUCAACUCCAAGAUGCUCUGUGUGAUCGCAUGGAGCCAGCUUUCUAUGCGGAAGGCAGUUGUAUUAUCCGUGAAGGCGACCCUGUUGAUGAGAUGCUCUUUAUUGGGAGGGGAAAGCUAUUAACUGUGACAACAAAUGGUGGAAGGACGGGUUUUUUCAACUCCGAAAUUAUAAAAGCUGGGGACUUUUGUGGGGAAGAACUUUUUACAUGGGCUCUAGACCCUCAUUCAACUACCAAUCUCCCCAUCUCUACCAGAACUGUAAGGGCUCUGUCAGAGGUCGAAGGUUUUACUUUAGUGUCUGACAAUUUGAAAUAUGUAGCAUCUAAAUUCCGGCGUAUCCACAGCAAGCAACUUCAACACACAUUUAGGUUUUACUCUCAGCAGUGGAGGACAUGGGCAGCAUGUUUCAUACAAGCAGCUUGGCGGAGGUAUCACAAGAAGAAAUUGGAAGAAUCUUUACGCCAAGAGCGUGUUUCAUACAGGUUGCAAAAUGUUUUGCGGCUAUCAUAAUGCCGUCAUCGUGAUAUGAGCGUGAAACUUGCAGAACAUAUGGUUGUUAGUAGUUAUAGACAUAUAGUUGGACGGUUUUUCAUUAGUGCUCACUCCAGGUUGUUCUUUUGGAAAACAGGUUACAAGAUAUCUGCAGCUAUUGUAAUGGGAUUAUUGUGAUAUGGCCCCAAGACUUGCAAAUGUUUGACCAUCCUUCUUUGUAGUAGGGAUGGUGAUGAUUAGAGUAAUAUAUUUUUUUUUUUAGUAA